AUGUCUCACACCCACUCCCACGACACGCUUGACGCCCACGGUCACUCACACGAGAUUCUCGACGGCCCUGGCUCGUACCUAGCCCGCGAGGCGCCCAUCUUCGAUGACCGCGACUGGAAGGAACGUGCCUUCACGGUUGGAAUUGGCGGACCCGUAGGCUCGGGAAAGACAGCGUUGAUGCUCGAGCUGUGCAAGGCCUUGAGAGACCGAUUCUCCAUCGCCGCAGUCACAAACGAUAUCUUCACAAAGGAGGACCAAGAGUUCCUUGUGCGCCACCAGGCCCUCCCGGCGGAGAGGAUCAAGGCCAUUGAGACUGGCGGCUGCCCUCAUGCUGCAGUCCGCGAGGACAUCAGCGCAAACCUGCAAGCUCUCGAGGACCUGCACCGCGAGUUUGACACCCAGCUGCUCCUUAUCGAGAGUGGCGGCGACAAUCUCGCUGCAAACUACUCUAGGGAGCUGGCGGACUUUAUCAUAUACGUUAUCGAUGUCUCUGGAGGCGACAAGAUCCCCCGUAAGGGUGGCCCGGGUAUCACGCAGUCCGAUCUACUUGUGGUGAACAAGACAGACCUCGCAGAGAUUGUGGGCGCAGACCUUGGCGUGAUGGAUCGUGAUUCCAGGAAAAUGCGUGAGGGAGGCCCGACCAUCUUCGCGCAGGUGAAGAACGGAAAGGGGGUGGACGAGAUUGUGAGCCUGAUCCUAUCGUCGUGGAGAGCUAGUGGUGCGUCGAGCCCAGCUCAGUAG